CCAGGGACAAGACUCCUGUUGUAACUCUCUAUCCGCCAAAGCUAGGGCCUUUUGUUUGUGAUAAAUGGAUUCAAUUUAAUUGGACUAGAUACCAAUCCGGUCUAACCCAAGGUACCCACCAUGGUUCGAGGUAGCUCUCCUCAAUCCGAAGUCACGGGCUCGAGCGAGUUGAGUUAGAGUUGAAGGCUCCAACCCAGCCGUGUCGCAUCCCUAAACGUGUGCCCUUUCACAUCCCUACUCUACUACCACCGUAAUCCUAAAGCCACCAUCAACGUCGCUCACAGGCUUGUGUUGAGAUGGUUUCCUAUGAUUCAAAAUGAUGCUCUUUCUUGUUGCAAGAGCAAGGACGUAUUUGGGUGAAUCUUGCAGCCUCAUUGCCUCUGCUGUCAUAGUUAGUAGUUUCUGUGCUCAAAGAACUUUUAGUGAUAUGACUGAAGUCAAAAUAGAUGGUGCUUUUAGUCUGGGUACUUUGGUGUCUGAAUCUGAUGGAGAAUCUCAUAUUCAACCCUCUGUAUCAUUGAAUCACCCAGACAAUAGUAGUAUUCAAUCCACACCGGAAAUUGAAAAGAAGUAUGUUCAUCGUGUUUAUGAUGCAAUCGCCCCUCAUUUCAGUUCAACUCGGUUUGCGAAGUGGCCAAAAGUUGCCUCGUUUUUGAACUCUUUGCCUUCUGGUUCCCUUGUACUGGAUGCAGGGUGCGGAAAUGGGAAGUACUUGGGUCUAAAUUCUGAUUGUUUUUUUAUAGGAUGUGAUAUAAGUGCCCCCCUCAUCAAUAUCUGUGCAGAUAGAGGGCAUGAAGUGGUCGUUGCAGAUGCUGUAAAUCUUCCCUAUCGAACUGGUUAUGGUGACGCGGCAAUAUCUAUUGCUGUGUUACAUCACCUAAGUUCAGAGAAUAGGAGGAAGAGGGCAAUAUCUGAAUUAGUCCGAGUUGUUAAAAAGGGUGGCCUUGUUUUGAUUACUGUUUGGGCUGUGGAACAAGAGGAUAGAUCAUUGCUUAACAAAUGGACUCCACUUACCCAAAAGUAUUUAGAAGAAUGGGUAGGAUCAAGUAGCCCCCGGAUAUGUAGCCCUUCAUCCUUCACCCUAGAAAGCAUCCCAGAAGCUGAGGAAAAUAGUUUAACAGAGCUCUUAAAAGAUUGCAAGGCAAUUUCUUUGCUGGAAAAUAUGUACUUAGCUUCUGAAAGCAAAGAUGAAUCAGUGGCUUCUGGAAAUGGAGAAUAUAUUGAGAACCGGCAGGAAUUUUUUGUCCCUUGGCACUUACCCUAUCAUCGUGCUGAAGUCAGCGGAGCUUCUGCUUCUGCCCUUGCACAUGGCCUAGCAAAGAAAGAUGAUAGAAAGGGUGCGGUAGUGUACAGCAGAUAUUACCAUGUGUUUAGUGAAGGCGAGCUUGAAAGGUUAGUAUCUGGUAUGGAUAAUGCCAUCGUGGUUGAUCGGUUUUAUGACAAAUCGAAUUGGUGUAUUAUUCUCAAGAAAACAUUCUAAUAAAUCGAACAUGCUAGCAUGUCGGCUUUAUUUGGGUGCAUUUUUCAUUCAAGAUGAAGGAUAGGUAGUUGAGUUGUUAUCAAUGUGCAUUUGCCCUUUUGUCGAUUGCGGCAUCGAAUGAAUGAUAUUGCGAAGACAUUUUAUGAUGCAAAAACUCCAUGAAAAUGGUCUAUCCAGGAAUGUUUGUAUUGCAUUCUUCAUCUAUGUAAAUACCACCUGGAUUUUCUGUGUGUUAUAUUUUGUCCUCUCAUGUUACAUAUGAUGUUUGAGUAAUGGACAGUUUAUGUUAUAUUUUAUUGUAUUUGUUUCAAAAUAUGCUGGGGUAACUUUUGAUGA